AUGGCAAGCAGCAACCUUGUUCUCCCCCGUCCGGGGGCAGAAAAAUCCACCACACCACAAGUAAUCAAGGCCCCGUCCGAAGCGGCUUUCACCACGACAUUCGGCAACCUACUACCAAAGGCCUCAUACCUAGAGACUGUAAACGGGACUAUCGCCUACUACUCUCUAGAGCCAAACUCCAUUUCAAGCUCAAGCAAAGUUUCCCGUGUGUUGUUCAUCCACGGAGUCCAAACACCCGCACUCGGUCUCCAACCACUAGCAACAACGCUAUCAGCGCGCUUCCCAUCCGCGCACUGCGUGUUGGUAGACCUAUGGGGCCAUGGACUAACAGAUACACCUGUUCUCCCACAUACACCAGAACUAUUCCACGAUCUGCUACUGGCCCUAAUGCAGAAAUUGGAAUGGGACGAUGCGCAUUUUGUGGGAUAUUCCUUUGGUGGAUCGACGACUGCGUCGUUUGUUGCAAAGCAUGCUGAGCGCGUGAGUUCAAUGGUGCUAGUCGCGCCUGCUGGGUUGGUGCGUUCGGCGCAGUUCGAUGAGGUGCAGCAGGGGUAUUUGCGGGGUGGGGAGGGAGUGGAGGGGCAGGCGCGGGAAUGGAUUACUGAAUGGUUGGAAGGGGGUGAGUUGGUUGUUCCUAGUGAUUGGAAAGAGAGGGUUGCGAGGGGAGAGAUUGUUGCUGAAGCUGUCCGGGAUUGGGAGGUUAGAGUGCAUGAGGGGCAUAUGCCUAGUGUUGUGGGAAUUGUACGGGAUGGGGGUGUUAUGGAUAAACAUGCCGCUUUCGUUGAGGCGGUGGGAACUGAUACACCGGGUUUGUGUAUCUUGGGAGAGUUGGAUGGUCUGUGUAGUGUGCAGGAUCUGGCUGAUGUUGGGAUGGACAAUGUUGCUGUUGUUCCGCAGGUUGGACACGGUGUUGUUAGGCAAAGGGUGCCGGAGGUCGCUGGCCUCAUUGAAGAGUUCUGGUGUCAUUUUUAG